AUGCAGUCAGUGCAGUUCGACGACUUCGAGUCGCUGCCACCGGCAGUCCGGCGGAAGUUCUUCUCGAAUGUCGAGCGUUUGCGCAUUCGGCUAGCGCAGAGCGAUCCCAGUUCCCCUGCGUGCUCCACGUCAAACUAUGGGGGCCACCAUGUCAUCCGGUCCGGGCCUGGCCCUCUUGCGCGAGUGCGAACCCCAUCGACGGCGUUGACCAGACGCUCCGGUCUCGAGAAAUCUCGCGCGCCGCAGAAACUGCGCAAGCCUGGCUCCUUGCAACUCGCUGCCCUGGUUGCUCAGGCCGACUCGCAAUGCUUUCAUUCCUUGCCCGCUAAGGUCCAACAAAAGCUUUUCUCCCCCGAAGAACGCCGUCGUCUACGUCAGGCCUACCGGGACAGCGUGAUUUACGACGCUGCCGACCAGGCCUUCUACCGAGGAAACCAGAACCAACGCCACUGUCACCAUCCGGCCACUCGUCGACCGCAGACGCAGCCUCGACCUCGCCGUCGCUCUAUUGACAGUCUGCCCUCGGACAAAACACUCCCAGUGGCCCAACCAUCCACCGUCUUCUACGAUUCCGACUCUGAAUCCGAGUGGGAGGAGACCAAUUCCACCAUGGAUCAAUCCAUAUACGACAGCUUCCGCUGGCUCGAUGAGGACGGCGACCUUGACCUCUCGUUGGACGAGUAUCACUCGCAUAUCGCAGCAGCCACCAGCAAAGGCAGAUCUCGUCGUCGACCCUCCUUCCGUCGGUCUCUUUCCUUCUCGACGCAUGCUUCCAUGAAGCAUCGUCCCUCGCCCUCGAUGCCAACUCGCGCUCUCCCAUCCAGUCAGACCAUUCAGCCCCUAUCUCCUAUUCCUCCUCUCUCUCCGGUCUCCAGCCACCACCGCCGCCGCUCCUCCUCGCGUCCCGCAUCUCGCCGCCAGCCCGCCAGCCACGCGGCAAAAUCCUCCACCUCCAGCAUUGACCCGUCCGCUCAAUACUACCAAGACCCUGAUGCGCGUCUCAAGCUCCGCGUGUACCUCGCAUCGCCGCAGAAAUUCGACGAAGCCAUCGAAUUCGGCUUUCCCUCGCUGGACCAGAAUAAGGAGAAUGUUGACCCCGAGCCGACCUCUCCGUCGGUCCCCGUCAAGCAGGAAUGUGCCGGAACAUUCUUCGAAGAUGACGAUGGGACGGUCGUCGGUAGCCCCGGCACCUCCAUUACAGAGGAACCGACCCCCCCUCCAUCAAGUGCUCCGGCACCGGCAUCUGCACCGGCCACUGCGGGGCCCGCACACCCCCGGCACUCGUCACAACUCCGAGAAAUCACUCGCCCGUCCGCGGACACCCCAUCCCUGUUCCAACGACGACAAUCGUUCCUUCCGGGGUCCAAGACCGGACCGCGUCAAUUGCCUGGAAACCGCGAGAUGACUCUCAAAAUGACAUUAACCCGACCGGAUCUGCGGGAGGAAUCUCCCACCCCGUCGCAGCAAUCCCCACCAGAUGAUCCCCUGCGGCUGGCUGCACUUCCUCCGGCCGAUCGCAGUCAGCAGAUCUGGGAUGAUCUAGAUGAUGAGCGCGGGAUGGUGAAGAAGAUUUGGCGGCGGUUGCGGAGGAGAGUUUAA